AUGCAAGAGAGUGUCGACCGUCAGCUCACGGGACGCUAUGCAGAGGCCAAAGGACAGCUGAGUGGUUCAUCACCUACACCAAAUCACCUAUACUCACAGUCCCCACAAGUCUUCGAAGCUGUCGCAGCGAUCCCGCCUACACACGUUGCUGAGUUCCUCUUUGAUGUCUUCUUCACGUAUGCUCAUACGAACUACGUGUACGCCAAUGAACAAUGGCUACGCAUCAAGCUGCGUGACAUCUACACAACUUCGUCCACUGUGACUGCCGCAGAUAGCCCCUGGAUCUGCACUCUCCUGAUGGUUUUCGCAAUCGGUACACAGUUUGCACAUCUGAGUUCGAUCCCCGGGGAUGAGGGCGAUACGCUGCUCGAGCACGGUGACGCUGCAUCCAAAGACGACGAGACUGCGCUAUACUUCUACCACGCCGCCUGUAAGCUCAUACCUGAUGUAAUGGUCGCGGCGUCGAUCGAGAGCGUACAGGCGUUCCUUUUGUUAGGUGUCUUCACGUGUGAGUGUCGCCCCUUUUCCAUCAAGACAAUAUCUUCUUACAGUAUACAACAGUACCGUUGGACGCUUCAGGGCUGUCAUGCACCUAUUUGGGCAUCGCCAUCAGAAUUGCCACCCAGAACGACCUACAUCGUUUAUGUAUCCGCAAACCGGAAACGCAAAAGACUCUUCCAAUUUAUUGGAUAUGGUGGACAACGUGCACAUUAG